UAGACAUCCUUUAAAGUAGUCCAUGAUAUAGAUCAAAAGCACAUCAAACAAUGGUAUUUUAUUAGAGCACCUCGUCGUUUUAGCAGGAGACAAGAAGUCCAUCAAAAGGCAGCAUCAGCAAAAUUCAAAAGUCAAACUUGGUCGACUAGAUUGUGAUCUAGUUUUUGUCGUGGUUUAUCAGUCCAUAGAUCUCAAAAGGCGACAGCGAAUCAAUAGUCAAACUUGCUCGACGAGAUCGUGAACAAUUUUUGUCGUGGUUUACGGCGUUUUGCUCUUCGGUAGGCGGCUGACGCCGACGAGGAGUUGGAGGGGCUGAAUUUUUUAUGGAAAAAUGAAAAGUAGCCCGGCCUUUUUGUUACCAGAUCGGCCCGGGGCGGCGGAGAGGGAGAUGGAGGAGCAGCUGAUACAGAGGGAUGGCCCAAGCAGGCGGUGGUGGUGCUGCGGCGAAGCGACCGAGGAAGCCCGGCGGAUAGCGUACGUGGCGGCGCCGAUGGUGGGCGUGUUGAUGUCGCAAUUCCUGGUUCAGGUGUCCUCCACCAUGGUGGUCGGCCACCUCGGCGAGCUCAACCUCGCUGCCGCCGCCAUCGCCUUCUCACUCGCCAACGUCUCGGGCUUCAGCGUCCUCGUUGGAAUGGCCAGUGGUCUGGAGACUCUUUGUGGACAAGCCUACGGAGCAAAACAGUAUCAUUCAUUAGGUGUCUAUACCUACAGAGCCAUAUUUUCUCUUCUAAUGGUAUGCCUCCCUAUCUCCCUUGUAUGGGCCUCAAUGGGGAAGCUUCUCCAAAUAGUAGGACAAGACCCUGCCAUAUCUCAAGAAGCUGAGCGAUAUGCUAUAUGGAUGAUACCUGGCCUCUUCGCCUACGCAAUCACUCAACCCCUAAUGAAGUUCCUCCAAUCUCAAAGUCUUAUUUUUCCUAUGCUCCUUAGCUCAGUUUCAACACUGUGCUUUCAUGUUCUUUUUUGUUGGCUUUUGGUGUACAAGUCAAGCUUGUAUAAUGUUGGUGCUGCUGUUUCACUAAGUAUAUCAUAUUGGUUGAAUGUACUUAUACUGAUUCUAUACAUAAGGUACUCAGAUUCCUGCAGAUUGACUCGUUCUCCGAUCACAAAGGAGGCAUUUAAAGGCAUUUACGAGUUCUUACGAGUAGCGGUACCAUCAACACUGAUGAUGUGCCUUGAAUGGUGGUCUUAUGAACUGCUUAUCUUGCUCUCUGGUCUCCUGCCUUAUCCAAAGCUCGAAACUUCUGUCCUCUCAAUUUGCCUCAACAGUGUUUCACUACUAUAUUCCAUACCAUAUGGGCUUGGUUGUGCAGCAAGCACUCGAGUCUCAAAUGAAUUAGGAGCAUCGAAUCCUAGUGGUGCUAAGUUAGCUGUCCUUGUGUCCAUGUUACUUGCUGUUUUGGAGGCGGCUCUUGUGCUUGCAACUCUCUUAGCCCUGCGCAGUGUGUUGGGUUAUGCAUACAGCAACGAGAAAGUGGUCGUUAACUAUGUCUAUGAGAUGGUUCCUAUGGUGUGCCUCACAGUAUUCACAGACAGCAUAUCAGGGAUUCUCUCAGGGGUUGCUAGAGGCAGUGGAUGGCAGCAUUUGGGUGCUUAUGUGAACCUUGGAGCAUUCUAUUUGGUCGGGAUUCCGGUCUCUAUUUUACUUGGUUUUGCAUUGCAUUUGAGAGGGAAAGGCCUUUGGGUGGGCAUUAUGUGUGGCUCCAUAACACAGUCGAUACUUCUUGCGGUGAUAACAAGUUUCACAAAUUGGGAACACCAAGUAAAGUUAGCAAGGGAGCGAGUAUUACAUGAAGAUUACCUUUACAUAAUGAAUUGAAAUAAAGCGGCCAUCAUCAGUUUCCUUAUAUCAAAAUUUCUACCUCUCGUCCUUCAAAAAAACAAAGAAAUUAUUUUUCUAAUAUUUCAUAAGAUAAAAGCAUAAAACUAG